AGAAGGUGAUGGCAGAAAGGUGCUUCGCUCCAGCAUCAGAGAGUUCCUCUGCAGUGAAGCCAUGGCUGCCCUUGGGAUCCCCACCACCCGAGCUGCCUCACUUGUCACCUCUGACCUUUACGUCAGUAGAGAUCCUUUAAACAAUGGUCAACGGAUUGAGGAGCGCUGCUCAGUGGUCAUGCGUCUCGCUCCUACUUUCAUAAGGUUCGGCUCCUUUGAGAUCUUCCAGGGCCGAGAUGAAUUCUCUGGCCUAGAGGGUCCAAGCGCGGGCCGACACGACAUCCGUGCCCAGCUGCUGGAUUAUGUGAUUGAAAGUUUCUAUCCACAAAUUCAGCAGGCUCACCAUGACAGAAAGGAAAGGAAUCUGUUGUUUUUCAAAGAGGUGAUGAUGCGGACGGCAAAGCUGGUGGCCCUGUGGCAAUGUGUGGGCUUUUGCCAUGGGGUCCUCAACACAGACAAUAUGAGCAUCCUGGGACUAACUCUGGACUACGGCCCCUUUGCUUUCAUGGACAGAUUUGAUCCAGACUUUGUCUGCAACGCCUCAGACAAAAGGAGGCGCUAUUCGUACCAAGCCCAGCCCUCUGUGUGCCGAUGGAACCUGGCUCGCCUGGCUGAAGCGUUGGGCCCUGAGCUGAAGGCUGCAGAUGCCGGAGAGGUUCUUGAUGAUUUCAUGCCAACUUAUGAAGCUUUUUACUUAUCCGGCAUGAGAAAAAAGUUGGGUCUUGUGAGAAAAGAAGAAGCAGAGGACAGAGAGCUUAUAUUGGAGCUUUGCCGGGUCAUGCACAACACUGGGGCAGAUUUAACAAACACUUUUCGCCUGCUGAGUCGUGUCCCAUGGCCUGAGGAAGGAGAUGAUGGGAAGAUUACUGUGCAGCCAAUGGUGGACCUUAUUGUAGAACAGUGUGCGUCCAUCGAGGAGUUAAAGGUGGCUAAUCAGCCCACAAUGGAUGACCGUGAACUGGCGAUGAUUCUAUCCAUGGCCCAGACCAACCCAGUCAUGUUUGGGAUGGUAGCAGACAGGCCAGAUGUGGCCCAACAGCUGGAGCUAAUGGGCCGACUAAAAGAGCUCCUUGAGACGGAUCAAGAUGAGCUGAGAGAAAAACAGCGGGACGACUGGAGCCGCUGGAUCUGCAGGUACAGGAGGCGUUUAGCCCGAGAGUCUGAUUGCACAAGUGACAAGCACCUUGUUAAACAAGAAAGGCUCAGAGUGAUGAGCAGCAGCAAUCCUCGGGUGGUGCUUCGCAACUAUAUUGCACAGAACGCCAUUCAAGCUGCAGAAAAAGGAGACUUCUCUGAG